GUUCGGCUGACAUCCUGGAGGCUGCCAACUCAUUCUUCUUCCUAAUUGCACCAGGAAAAAAAGAAGCCUAUUUAUCAAUGUCACUGUAUUAGACUACCUCGUCGCAAUUCUUCAUCUUUUACAAAGGAAUGCUGUGCAGAAUACAAUUGAAAAGAUGUGAAUACAAGAGAUUUUUAAAGUGCCGUUCUAAAAGUGCAAUGAAAUGACAUCCUCAUGUUUUCACGUGCAACUUGCACACAUGAUAAGGACCAGGUUCAGUUACGGAUUUUGGGAGGAACUUUGAACAUCCUAUAACAGCCAACCUUGGAAGCAAUAUCACUUGAGAUGAACGGGAAGAGGAUAACAACGAUUGUCUUCUGUUCCGUAAUUCUCGUCGCUUGUGUUGUUGCUGCCAUUUCUAUAGCUACGUUAAAACCAGCCUGGUUCAGCCAGUGGCUUCAGCCACACGAAAAUCAGACAUCUGCUGACUUACUGGAUGAGCAACGAAAUCAAACAUCUGCUGACUUACUGGAUGGACAACGAAAUCAAACAUCUGCUGAAUUAUUGGACGACCAACGAAAUCAAACAUCUGCCGAAUUACUGGACGAACAACGGAAUCAAACAUCUGCUGAAUCAUUGGACGAACAGCGGAAUCAAACAUCUGCCGAAUUACUGGACGAACAACGAAAUCAAACAUCUGCUGAAUUAUUGGACGAACAACCAGCUCCUUCUCCAUAUUCAGUCGAAGAGUUCAUCCUAGACGAAGUCGAUCCGGAAAUCAUUAGGAGCCAUAACAGAUACUUAUCCUCGAAUCCUACCGGAGGGGGAAGAGAAGGAGAAAGGGGGAAGGCCACUUGGGUACAGAAAACCUGGGAGGAACAGGGCAUGGACGGAGUACACCUGGUGCCCUACAACGUUCUGAUUUCAUACCCCAAAAGAGACACGCCCAACGUGGUGCGCUUGAUAAACCCGAACAGACAAGUAGCCUGGUCAGCUCAGGGAUGGAUCAAACCACUGUACACUCAGAAGGAGUUCUCACCGGACGCUUUCCCUGACGCCGAUGCGUAUUCGGUAUCGAGGGAUAUAAAGGGCGACGUCAUUUACGUCCACUUCGGGAGGAUGCAAGAUUUCGAGUUCCUGAAGAGCAGAGGAAUCGACGUCAAGGGAAAAAUCGUCCUUACGAGAUACCGGGAGACCUUCAAAGCUGAUAUUGUAUCAAAUGCGGAGAGAUUCGGGGCACUGGGAGUCGUACUCUACCCUGACCCUGAGAUCUACGGGCCCAAUGGAAUACAGUCAUACCCAGAUUCUCUACAUUUACCAAUCUCAGCUUCGUCUGUUGGGUCCGCUCAGUUGACUGAUGGAGAUAUACUUAAACCUCUUUUGCAGUCUGUUGAUCACGGUCAACAUAUCCAGGUAUCAAAGGCUUGGUUACCCACAAUACCUGUUCAACCAAUCGGUUACGACGAUGCUAUGAAAAUCAUCAGCCAGAUGGGAGGACUGACAGCUCCCAUGGCAUGGCAAGGAGGCUUCAAUGCUACGUACAAAAUAGGUCCAGGAUUUAUCACCCCCGGCAGGAAACUAGGCCUCGAAGUACACGUCUAUUUAGUUCAGACAACAACUUACAAUGUUAUUGGUGUUAUUGAGGGGUCUGAGGAACCAGACCGAUAUGUCAUUGCUGGUAACCACAGAGAUGCCAAGCUAUUUGGUGCGAUAAACCCUUCAUCAGGAACGGCAGCCAUGCUUGAGGUGUCUCGCGUUCUCCUUGAUCUUAAGAACGAGACAGGCUGGAGACCGAGACGCUCCAUUGUCUUCUGCUCCUGGGGGUCGGAGGAGUACGGGCUAAUCGGCUCCACGGAAUGGACGGAGGAGUUUGCGAAACUGCUGGCCGGACGGGCUGUUGUUUACCUGAAUGUCGACACGCCAAUUGAAGGUAACUACACCUUCAGAGCUGCAUCGUCGCCGCUUUUGGCUCAAGUCCUCUUCGAUGCCGCCGGCAAAGUACCUAACCCGGAUGAGGACGAAAUCACCGCCGGAAGACUGACAGUCUACGAUACCUGGGCCUUACGCCAGCCUGACGAUAAUCAUCCUGGUACCCCCAGACUCCACCAAAUAGACGCAGAGAGCGAUUACAAAGGCUUCCAGCACAAGUUGGGCAUCCCGUCCCUGGACAUCUGUUACACACACAGCAGAGACGUGAAUGAGAGGACUUUAAACCAGAGAACGGCAGUUUCGAAAGAUGUAGACAUCGACGAAGACUUCGAAUUUCACGCAGCUCUGACCAAGAUUUGGGCCGUGCUAGCUGUCAGCUUCGCGGACGCUCAGCUAUUACCGUUAUCCCUGAUGGCCUACAGCUCCUACAUCACGUCUGCCUACCAAGAGGUCAUCCUGGCCAUAGGUAAACACGUCGCCAAAACAAACUUGACCUUGGCACACUUCGGCGAGGCGGUGUUGGAGUUCAGGCAGGCUGCGGAGGAAUUGACAGAAAAAUUAGCAUUUGUAGAUACUGACAACCCCCUGGCGGUGAGAAGAGCCAAUGACAAGCUGAUGAUGGUCGAGCAAGCGUUCAUCGAUCCCCAUGGAAUCCCGGGCAGGACGGAUUUCAAUCACGUCGUGGUGGCACCGCCCAUGAGCAGUACCUUCUCCAACAAGGCUUUCAACGGACUGACGGACGUUCUGGAAGACAUUAACAUGUUCGACCAAGAGGAACAAGAGCGACGCUGGGAAGUGUUCGCCCAGCACCUGAAAGCUGUCACUUACAUGGUGGACUCGGCUGCCAAAGUCUUGAGGAAUGACUUGUGGUGACUGUAGUAGAGGGUCCGUCUCCAGGCUACAAUGAAAUUGUAUUUAUUACUCGAAAGAAAUCAUAAAGCUGCCUAAAGUCUUUCAAGAGGAGGUUAUGAUACUAUAGUAGAUUCACAUCAACCGUGCAUUUGAUGUCUAGGCCAGUCCAUUACGACGCUCCUGAUUGGCUGUUGACAAGCCAAUCACAGGGCUGGAAACUUUCAGUCUCUCGAGAGAGUUCACAUGGGUAGGAUCGAUGUUCCACCUCUCCUGAGGGAUAUAAUUAUCCCUCAAGACAGGUGGAACAUACAUUCUGCCUAUGUGAACUCUCGAGACAGACUGAGAGUUUCCAGCCCUGUCAUUGGCUUAUCAACAGCCAAUCAGAAGCGUCGUAAGGGUCUGGCCUAGACAUCAAAUGCACGGUUGAUGUGAAUCUACUAUAGUUACCCCAUUCCCGUUUUCUCUGGAUGCUCCUGUUAAUGCUGCAUUCCUGUUUUCUGUCGAAGUUCAUGCUCGAAGUGAAACGCUAAGAAAUGACGAAUUAACACAGCAAAUGGUUGAUGAGAAGUAAAGAUAUUUAUCAAAGUAUCUGCUGAGGAAACUAGUCCCUAUGAGACUGCUUUCUUUGACUGCUCAUAGCAAGCAGUUAAAGCGAAUGUUGAAAUAUGUGUGCUAUCUAAAACAAAUAUACGUAAUAUGGUUUGUUUUAUAAAUAACCUUAAGAUAUUUUCCUUUCACUCUAUAUCAAAUCUUUGGUAACGAAAGAGGAGGGAUGAAUCAUACGUCGACGACCCUAUCUCAUGAGUGCUCAAAUUCGUGUCCACUAUUUUAUUUGUCAUCACAUUUUCAUUGAAUCAGAUGUUUAGAUAUUUUAAAGUUUUUUUUUUUCCUCCUUCUUCUUCUGCUUUGACCGUGCCUUACUCCCAAGCUGUGGCUAAACUAUAUUCUUAUUGCUUCUAAGUUCCCUUGACACUUGAAUAUUGAAAUGUACCCACCUAAACCAUAUAUUCCUUGGAACUGACUUGAGUGUAUAUAUGCUUUGUUUACCCUUGUUUCGCUCACAUCCAGUAUUUGUGACUUUUA